AUGAAUAUAACAGAUCAAAAGUUGCAGAAAAAUAGUGAAGUCUAUACGAUUGUGGAAGCAAAUGAUGAUACAGCAUCUUUCAACCAGUUAGGAUCUGUUAGUUCGUCAAAGAUAAGUGACUUGGAUAAGAACUCGAUUAACAAUGAAUUCAAUCAAACUGAGGAAGUGCAUCUAAGGAAAUCAUUCUCAUUAUGGUCUAUUCUUGGUGUUGGUUUUGGGUUAACCAAUUCAUGGUUUGGUAUUUCUGCUUCUAUGGUCACUGGUAUUGAAUCUGGUGGUCCCAUGAUGAUUGUAUAUGGUAUUAUCAUCAUUUCAUUAAUUUCCAUUUGUGUAGGUGUCUCAUUAGGAGAGUUAUCUUCUGCUUAUCCUCAUGCCGGUGGCCAAUUUUUUUGGUCUUUAAAAUUAGCUCCCCCAAAACAUAGAAGGUUUGCUGCUUAUAUGUGUGGUUCUUAUGCAUAUGCCGGUUCUGUUUUCACUAGUGCUUCCACCACAUUGUCUGUUGCAACAGAAUUGGUAGGUAUGUAUGCCUUAUGUCAUGAAUCUUUUGUCCCAAGAAGAUGGCAUGUAUUUGUUUGUUUUGAAUUAUUACAUUUAUUUUUAUUAUUGUUCAACUGUUAUGGGAAAUCAUUGCCAUUCAUUUCUUCAUCGUCCUUAUACAUUUCUUUAUUAUCGUUUUUUACCAUUACAAUUACUGUCUUGGCUUGUGCCCAUGGUAAAUAUAAUGAUGCCAAAUUUGUUUUUGCCACAUUUUAUAAUGAAACUGGUUGGAAAAACGGCGGUAUUGCAUUUAUUGUUGGGUUAAUCAAUCCAGCUUGGUCAUUUUCAUGUUUGGAUUGUGCUACACAUAUGGCCUUUGAAGUUGAGAAACCUGAAAGAGUCAUCCCUAUGGCUAUCAUGGGUACAAUCGCUAUUGGUUUCAUUACAUCCUUUUGUUAUGUUAUAGCCAUGUUUUUUUCUUUAAAUGAUUUAAAUGCUUUAUUCAACUCACACACCGGUGCUCCAAUUUUAGAUAUUUACAACCAAGCAUUACACAAUAAAGCUGGUGCAAUUGUUCUAGGGUGUUUAGUUCUAUUUACUUCUUUCGGUUGUGUAAUUGCUUGUCAUACAUGGCAAGCUAGAUUAUGCUGGUCCUUCGCUACCGAUCAAGGUUUACCUUAUUCUAAAUGGUGGGCUGAAGUUAAUCCAACCUUAGGUGUGCCAUUAAAUGCUCAUUUGAUGUCUUGUGGUUGGAUUGCUAUCAUUGGUCUUUUAUAUUUAGCUUCUUCGACUGCAUUCAAUUCUUUAAUUACUGGGUGUAUAGCCUUUUUGUUACUAUCAUACAUCAUUCCAGUUAUUUGUCUAUUACAAAAGAAACGCCAAAUAAAACAUGGUCCAUUUUGGUUGGGAAAGUUUGGAUUAUUUUCUAAUAUUGUAUUGUUAUGCUGGACUUUAUUUUCAAUUGUAUUUUUUUCAUUCCCACCAAAUUUACCUGUCAAUAGAAAUAAUAUGAAUUAUGUCUGUGUAGUUAUCGUGGGAUUUACAUGUUACCAGUUAAUAUAUUGGAAAUGGAAAGGUGCUAAAGAAUUUCAUUCAGCUCAAGAUGAUGAUGAUAACAUAGAAUAUGAAAACAAUAGUAAUAUUAACAUGGAUACAUAUAUGGCUCGCACGAGUAAUAUAUCUGAUAGCCAUUCGCAAUAUUAUAUGAUGGACCAAGAUGGGGUUUCACUACAUAGUGAUACUUCCGAAAAUGGCACUCAAUUAAUAAAUCAUAAAAGUAUCGCCAAAGUCGAUGUAAGAGAAACAUAA